AACCCUAGCGUUCCUCCCCUAAUGGCUAUACCCUUUUUCUCCUUUGGCUUAGCCCAUGCUUAGAUCUUCCAUCUCAUUAUUAGUACAUAUCUAUUCCAAUCUAUGCGUUUUCACUUCUUUUUAGACACACCCACCUCACCCUUUUCGCUUCCAACUGAAUGACAACUAAAAGAUUUCCAUUUUGAUUCCCUCAAACCACCUUCACACAUGGAUUCCGGCAGCCCAAGUUUGCAAUCCUCCAGCGGCGGCGAUGAAGAUUACGACUCUCAUCAGCCUUUUCCCCCGCCGCCACCGCCGCCCCCACUUUUCUUCAACCCCAAUUCCUACCAGACCCACCUCCUCCCCUCCUCCCCUUUCUACGAUUUCCCCUCCGAUUACACUUUCAACCCUUCCAACUCCGGGACAUCUCAACCCGCCGCCGCGGAACCCACCCAAAACCAAAUCCCAAUUCGUUCAUCCGGGGUUUUACAUCCCAAAGCCACCACAAAGAAGAGAACUAGAGCCUCACGGAGAGCCCCCACCACCGUUCUCACAACCGACACUACGAAUUUCCGUGCAAUGGUGCAAGAGUUCACCGGAAUCCCUUCCCCGCCGUUUACCGCUGGUGGGUCAUCCUAUUCCCGCCGAUUUGAUCUCUUCAACUUAGUUAAAACAACCAGCUCCACACCCACUAUUCUAGAAACUUCUGGAUCGGGUCUUUACUCUUCUCGUGUGGUAAAGACACAGGCUGCUAUCAGGGCUGAUUUAGAUGCGCCCCACAAUAGAACAAGCCCACUGUUAGUGUCAGCCGUGCUGCAAAAUGAUGAAACCUGGAGAAGCAAUACCAGUGGUACCGCAGCAGGUGAAUUUCACCCGUCGUUGCUCCAAUAAUUUGCAGCCUGACAAAAGGGAUGACAAAAGGACGUGAGCAUAAAUUCUCGUGGCUUUUUUGAGCUUCUCCAAUAAAACCUCGUACCUAGAGAU